GGAGAAAGGAGCUUAAGGAAAAAUAAUUUUGCUUGCAAGUCCUUCCAUGUCCUGCAAUGCAAACUCAAGAGAAUUGAAAAGUUCAGACAUGGGAACAAGUAUUAGCAACUCAUUUUUAUUACCUCUGCUUUUACUAUCUUCAUUUUACCCACAGUUUGGGGCUAGCUUAGACACUAUCACAUCAUCCAAAUCCAUCAAAGAUCCUGAAUAUGUAGUCUCCAAUGGUGGAAAUUUUCGAUUGGGAUUCUUCAGCCCCGAUAAUUCUACUGAUCGCUAUGUAGGGAUAUGGUACAAUCGAAUUCCUGUACAAACUGUGAUAUGGGUAGCAAACAGAAACAAGCCUAUAAAAGACUCCUCUGGAGUUUUAACCGUGUCUGAGGAUGGCAAUCUUGUUGUUUUGAAUGGACAGGAGGAGAUUCUUUGGUCAUCAAAUGUUACAAAUCCAGUUGGUAAUUCAAGUGCACAGCUUUUGGACUCCGGAAACCUUAUCUUGUGGAAUAAUGCCUCUACAACAAGCAUGUGGGAGAGUUUUCAACAACCUUCUGAUGCGUUCGUGCCGACCAUGAAACUCAGUGUUGAUGAAAGAACAGGUGAGAAAGUGCAACUGACAUCCUGGAAAAGCCCUUCUGAUCCAUCUGAUGGUAAUUUCUUAGCUGGUAUCAAUCGUCUCAACAUUCCUGAAGCCUUCAUUUGGAAUAGCAAUCAGCCGUAUUGGCGGAGUGGUCCAUGGAAUAGUCGGACCUUUAUUGGAAUACCAAAAAUGUCUUCUAUUUAUCUAAAUGGAUUUAAUCUUGUAGAUGACCGAGUAACAUCUUAUCUUACUUAUGCUUUUGCCAAUGCGUCUUAUUUAUCAUACUUUGCAUUGGAUUCUCAAGGGAAAUUAAUGGAACUAUAUUGGGAUAAUGGGAAGGGGAAUUGGGUCGUAAACUGGUCUAAUUUAGAAACUGAUUGUGAUGUUUAUGGCAAGUGUGGAGCGUUUGGAAGCUGUGAUUCACAGAAACCAUCAAUUUGCAGUUGUUUGAGAGGGUUUGAGCCCAAGAUUAAAGAGGAAUGGGGCAGCAAGAAUUGGACUAGUGGAUGUGUUAGGAGUACACCAUUACAGUGUGAAAAAGUAAACAAUGGCAGUAAAGUAGGCAAAAUAGAUGGAUUUCUGAAGCUACAGAUGAUGAAAGUACCAGCCUUUCCAGAGUGGUCAUCUGCCCGUGAAGAUGAAUGCGGAGGUCAGUGCUUGAAUAAUUGUUACUGUGUGGCUUAUGCAUAUGAUGCGGGCAUUGGUUGCAUGUUAUGGAGCGGAAAUUUAACUGACAUACAGCAAUUCUCCAAUGGGGGAAUAGAUCUUUACAUUCGUGUGGCAUCCUCUGAACUUGAUAAAACAAAACACAACAGUAUAGUUAUUAUUGUAAUACCAGUGAUCCUGGGAAUAAUCAUCAUAAUCAUCUCUACAUUGUUCUUUUGGAGGUGGAUGGCUAAACAAAGAGCAAAGAUGCAAAAAAGCAAAGAAACGCUGCUAGUCCAUGGAGAAAAAGCGCACACAAAAUUUUCUAGUCGCUUUGAAGACAAUUUUGAUGAAGUUAAACUCCAGCAGCUACCACUACUCAAAUUUGAGGAACUAGCAACUGCAACAAGCAGUUUUCAUCUCACCAAAAAGUUGGGACAGGGUGGUUUUGGUCCAGUAUACAGGGGAACAUUACAAGAUGGAAAGGAAAUAGCAGUGAAGAGAUUGUCAAGAGCCUCAGGCCAAGGGUUAGAAGAAUUUAUGAAUGAAGUGACGCUGAUUUCUAAACUCCAACAUCGAAAUCUUGUUAGAUUACUGGGCUGUUGUGUUGAAGGAGAAGAGAAGAUGCUGGUAUACGAGUAUAUGCCGAACAAAAGCUUGGAUGCUUUUCUCUUUGAUCCAGUCCAGAAAGGAAUUCUAAAUUGGAGAAAACGCUUCAACAUUAUUGAAGGAAUUAGUCGAGGUCUCCUUUAUCUUCAUAGAGAUUCUAGAUUGAAGAUUAUUCAUAGAGAUCUAAAGGCUAGUAACAUCUUAUUAGAUAAAGAGCUAAAUCCAAAAAUCUCGGAUUUUGGGAUGGCUAGGAUUUUUGGAGGAGAUAAAAAUCAAGCCAAAACUACAAGGGUUGUAGGAACCUACGGAUACAUGUCGCCUGAAUAUGCAAUGCAAGGGAGAUUUUCAGAAAAAUCUGAUGUGUUCAGCUAUGGAGUCUUGCUAUUGGAGAUAGUCAGUGGGAGAAAAAACGCAGGCUUUUAUGACGAUGAACAUUCUAUUAGCCUUUUGGGAUAUGUAUGGAAGUUAUGGAAUGAAGACAACAUAUUGGCCUUAAUAGACCCAGUGCUUUCUGAUCCAUGCAAUCAGAGUGAAAUUUUGAGAUGCAUACAUGUGGGAUUGUUGUGUGUACAAGAAUUUGCAGAAGAUAGACCAACUGUAUCUACUGUUAUUUCGAUGCUUAAUAGUGAGAUUGCUGAUCUUCCAACUCCGAAACAGCCUGCUUUCACCGGACGACCGAUUGCAUCAGGAACAAUAUCCCCUCAAAGCGAUCCAAACCAAUGUUCUAUUAACAAGGUGACCAUAACCAUUGUUGAUGGCCGAUGAUUAGAAGCAAGUUUUUGAGAUAUAGUGCAUAUGUAUAUAUCUUAAUUUUAUGCUUGAUCUGGCAGUUUCAUAAUUAGGUUAUUAAUACCUUUAUACCUUUCAGGCUGUAGAAGUGUAGUCAGUGACAGUUUUUGACAUAUUUAG